CGGCGAACAGACGUUCUUUCUCCUACUAGCUAGCAGUCACACAAAAGGAGGGCUGCGGAAACUAAAAGUUUCGGGGCCUCCGGCUCGGUGUACGGAGAAAAGAGAAAACCUGGAGACGGGAUAUGAGGAUCAAUGAUGCAGACUGCUGGGUUCGAUGAAGCUGGGCAUUUAUAACUAGAUUCAUUAAGGAAUACAAAGAAAAUAUUUAAAGGGAUCAAUAAUGGUGUCUUCUGGUUGCAGAAUGCGAAGUCUGUGGUUUAUCAUUAUAAUCAGCUUCUUACCGAAUACAGAAGGUUUCAGCAGAGCUGCUUUACCAUUUGGGUUAGUUAGGCGAGAAUUAUCCUGCGAAGGUUAUUCUAUAGAUCUGCGAUGUCCUGGCAGUGAUGUCAUUAUGAUUGAGAGUGCAAAUUAUGGUCGGACAGAUGACAAGAUCUGUGAUGCUGACCCAUUUCAGAUGGAGAAUACAGACUGCUACCUCCCAGAUGCCUUUAAAAUUAUGACUCAAAGGUGCAACAAUCGAACACAGUGUAUCGUAGUUACUGGGUCAGAUGUAUUUCCUGACCCAUGUCCUGGAACAUACAAAUACCUUGAAGUCCAAUAUGAAUGUGUCCCUUAUAUUUUUGUGUGUCCUGGGACCUUGAAAGCAAUUGUGGACUCGCCUUGUAUAUAUGAAGCUGAACAAAAGGCAGGUGCUUGGUGCAAGGACCCUCUUCAGGCUGCAGAUAAAAUUUAUUUCAUGCCCUGGACUCCCUACCGCACUGAUACUUUGAUAGAGUAUGCUUCUUUAGAAGAUUUCCAAAACAGCCGCCAAACAACAACAUACAAACUUCCAAAUCGAGUAGAUGGCACUGGAUUUGUGGUAUAUGAUGGUGCUGUCUUCUUCAACAAAGAAAGAACAAGGAAUAUUGUGAAAUUUGAUUUGAGGACUAGAAUUAAGAGUGGUGAGGCCAUAAUUAACUAUGCCAAUUACCAUGAUACCUCGCCAUAUAGAUGGGGAGGUAAGACUGAUAUCGACCUAGCAGUUGAUGAAAAUGGUUUAUGGGUCAUUUAUGCUACUGAGCAGAACAAUGGAAUGAUAGUUAUUAGCCAACUGAAUCCAUAUACUCUUCGAUUUGAAGCAACAUGGGAGACAGUAUAUGACAAGCGUGCUGCAUCAAAUGCUUUUAUGAUAUGUGGAGUCCUCUACGUAGUCAGGUCAGUUUACCAAGACAAUGAAAGUGAAACUGGCAAGAACACAAUCGAUUACAUCUACAACACCAGAUUAAAUCGAGGAGAAUAUGUAGAUGUUCCCUUCCCCAACCAGUACCAGUAUAUUGCUGCAGUGGAUUACAAUCCAAGAGAUAAUCAACUCUAUGUAUGGAACAAUAACUUCAUUUUACGAUAUUCUCUGGAGUUUGGUCCACCUGAUCCUGCCCAAGUGCCUACCACAGCUGUGACAAUAACUUCUUCAGCUGAGCUGUUCAAAACCACAGUAUCAACCACAAGCACUACUUCACAGAAAGGCCCUAUGAGCACAACUGUAGCUGGAUCACAGGAAGGAAACAAAGGGACAAAACCACCUCCAGCAGUUUCUACAACCAAAAUUCCUCCUGUAACAAAUAUUUUUCCCCUGCCAGAGAGAUUCUGCGAAGCGUUAGAAGCGAGGGGAAUAUGGUGGCCUCAGACACAAAGGGGAAUGAUGGUUGAACGACCAUGUCCCAAGGGAACAAGAGGAACUGCCUCAUAUCUCUGCAUGGUUUCCACUGGAACAUGGAACCCUAAGGGCCCUGAUCUUAGCAACUGCACCUCACACUGGGUAAAUCAGCUGGCUCAGAAGAUCAGAAGUGGAGAAAAUGCUGCUAGUCUUGCCAAUGAAUUGGCUAAACAUACCAAAGGGCCAGUAUUUGCUGGAGAUGUGAGUUCUUCAGUGAGAUUGAUGGAGCAGUUGGUGGACAUUCUUGAUGCACAACUGCAGGAACUGAAACCUAGUGAAAAGGAUUCAGCUGGACGGAGUUAUAACAAGGCAAUUGUUGACACAGUGGACAACCUACUGAGACCUGAAGCUUUGGAAUCAUGGAAACACAUGAAUUCUUCUGAACAAGCACAUACUGCAACAAUGUUACUGGAUACAUUAGAAGAAGGAGCUUUUGUCCUGGCUGACAAUCUCUUAGAACCAACAAGGGUUUCAAUGCCCACAGAAAACAUUGUUCUAGAAGUUGCAGUACUCAGCACAGAAGGACAAGUCCAAGACUUUAAAUUUCCUCUGGGUAUCAAAGGUUCAGGCAGCUCGAUCCAACUCUCUGCGAAUACCGUGAAACAGAAUAGCAGGAAUGGGCUUGCAAAGUUGGUGUUCAUCAUUUACCGAAGCCUGGGACAGUUCCUUAGUACAGAAAAUGCAACCAUAAAACUGGGCAGUGACUUUAUGGGUCGUAAUAGUACUAUUGCAGUGAAUUCACACGUCAUUUCAGUUUCAAUCAACAAAGAGUCCAGCCGAGUAUACUUGACUGAUCCUGUGCUUUUUACCUUGCCUCACAUUGAUCCUGACAAUUAUUUCAAUGCAAACUGCUCCUUCUGGAACUACUCAGAAAGAACUAUGAUGGGAUAUUGGUCUACCCAGGGCUGCAAGCUGGUUGACACUAAUAAAACUCGUACAACGUGUGCAUGCAGCCACCUAACCAAUUUUGCGAUUCUCAUGGCCCACAGGGAAAUUGCAUACAAAGAUGAAGUUCAUGAAUUACUUCUUAUAGUCAUCACUUGGGUGGGAAUUGUCAUUUCCCUCGUUUGUCUGGCUAUCUGCAUCUUCACCUUCUGCUUUUUCCGUGGUCUACAGAGUGACCGUAACACUAUUCACAAAAACCUCUGUAUCAACCUUUUCAUUGCGGAAUUUAUUUUCUUAAUAGGCAUUGAUAAGACAAAAUACAUGAUUGCAUGCCCAAUAUUUGCAGGACUUUUACACUUUUUCUUUUUGGCGGCUUUUGCUUGGAUGUGCUUAGAAGGUGUGCAGCUCUAUCUUAUGUUAGUUGAAGUUUUUGAAAGUGAAUAUUCAAGGAAGAAAUAUUACUAUGUUGCUGGUUACUUGUUUCCAGCCACAGUGGUUGGAGUUUCAGCUGCUAUUGACUACAAGAGCUAUGGAACAGCAAAAGUUUGCUGGCUUCAUGUUGAUAAUUAUUUUAUAUGGAGUUUCAUUGGCCCUGUUACCUUCAUUAUUCUGCUUAAUAUUAUCUUCCUGGUGAUCACACUGUGCAAAAUGGUGAAGCACUCAAACACUUUGAAACCAGAUUCUAGCAGAUUGGAAAACAUUAAGUCUUGGGUGCUUGGUGCUUUCGCUCUCCUGUGUCUUCUUGGCUUAACCUGGUCAUUUGGGUUGCUUUUUAUUAACGAAGAGACUAUUGUGAUGGCUUAUCUCUUCACCAUCUUUAAUGCUUUCCAGGGAUUGUUCAUUUUCAUCUUUCACUGUGCUCUCCAAAAGAAAGUACGAAAAGAGUAUGGCAAGUGCUUCAGACAUUCAUAUUGCUGUGGCGGCCUUCCAACUGAGAGCCCCCACAGUUCAGUGAAAGCAUCUACCACCAGAACCAGUGCUCGGUAUUCCUCUGGUACACAGAGUCGUAUAAGAAGGAUGUGGAAUGACACUGUGAGAAAACAGUCUGAAUCUUCUUUUAUCUCAGGUGACAUCAAUAGCACUUCGACACUUAAUCAAGGACAUUCACUGAACAAUGCCAGGGAUACAAGUGCCAUGGAUACUCUACCGCUAAAUGGUAAUUUUAACAACAGCUACUCACUGCGCAAGGGGGACUAUAAUGACAGCGUACAAGUCGUAGACUGUGGACUAAGUCUGAAUGAUACUGCUUUUGAGAAAAUGAUCAUUUCAGAAUUAGUGCACAACAACCUACGGGGCGGCAGCAAGACUCACAAUCUCGAGCUCACACUACCAGUCAAACCUAUGAUUGGAGGGAGCAGCAGUGAAGAUGAUGCAAUCGUGGCAGACGCUUCAUCUUUAAUGCACGGAGACAACCCAGGGCUGGAGCUCCAUCAGAAAGAACUCGAGGCACCGCUCAUUCCUCAACGGACUCACUCCCUUCUGUACCAACCCCAGAAGAAAGUGAAACCUGAGGGAACGGACAGCUAUGUCUCACAGCUGACAGCUGAGGCUGAGGACCACCUCCAGUCCCCCAACAGGGACUCUCUUUAUACAAGCAUGCCCAAUCUUAGAGACUCUCCCUAUCAGGAGAGCAGCCCUGAUGUGGAAGAAGACCUCUCUCCCUCCAGGAGGAGUGAGAAUGAGGACAUUUACUAUAAAAGCAUGCCAAAUCUUGGAGCUGGCCAUCAGCUUCAGAUGUGCUACCAGAUCAGCAGGGGCAAUAGUGAUGGUUAUAUAAUCCCCAUUAACAAAGAAGGCUGUAUUCCAGAAGGAGACGUUAGGGAAGGACAAAUGCAGCUGGUCACAAGUCUUUAAUAGUGCAGCUAAGAAACCCCAAGGGCCACAAUGCAAGUAUUAAUAAGUAAAUGAAAGACUCCAAUGGCCCCAACUCCCUCAAACUCUGCUGAAGAGACAGCUCUGUUGACCUGUGGUUCUCCAGUGUAAAAAAGAUGACUGAACCUUGCAGUUCUGUGAAUUUUUAUAAAACAUACAAAAACUUUAUAUAUACACAGAGUAUACUAAAAUGAAUUAUUUGUUACAAAGAAAAGAGAUGCCAACCAGGUAUUUUAAGAUUCUGCUGCUGUUUAGAGAAAUUGUGAAACAAGCAAAACAAAACUUGCCAGCCAUUUAACUGCAGCAGUUUGUGAACUAAAUUUGUAAAUAUGGCUGCACCAUUUUUGUAGGCCUGCAUUGUAUUAUAUACAAGACGUAGGCUUUAAAAUCCUGUGGGACAAAUUUACUGUACCUUACUGUUCCUGACAAGACUUGGAAAAGCAGGAGAGAUAUUCUGCGUCAGUUUGCAGUUCACUGCAAAUCUUUUACAUUAAGGCAAAGAUUGAAAACAUGUUUAACCACUAGCAAUCAAGCCACAGGCCUUAUUUCAUAUGUUUCCUCAACUGUACAAUGAACUAUUCUCAUGAAAAAUGGCUAAAGAAAUUAUAUUUUGUUCUAUUGCUAGGGUAAAAUAAAUACAUUUGUGUCCAACUGAAAUAUAAUUGUCAUUAAAAUAAUUUUAAAGAGUUUGAAGAAAAUAUUGUGAAAAGCUCUUGGUUGCACAUAUGUUAUGAGAUGUUUUUUCUUACACUUUGUCAUGGUAAGUUCUGCCCAUUUUCACUUAUUUUCCACUGUAUACAAUGUUCUGCUCUGACAAGUUAGUCUUUAUUCUUACAUUUAAAUUUCUUAUUGCCAAAAGAACGUGUUUUAUGGGAGAAAACUCUUUGAAGCCAGUUAUGCCAUGCCUUGCACAAAUGUGGUGAAAUCUAGAAAAGAUUGUGUGUCACCCCUCUGUUUAUUCUUGAACAGAUGGCGAAGAGGGCACUGGGCACUUCUCACAAACUUUCUAGUGAACAAAAGGUGCCUAUUCUUUUUUUAAAAAAUAAAACAUAAAUAUUACUCUUCCAUAUUCCUUCUGCCUAUAUUUAGUAAUUAAUUUAUUUUAUGAUAAAGUUCUAAUGAAAUGUACAUUGUUUCAGCAAAAUUCUGCUUUUCUUUUCAUCCCUUUGUGUAAACCUGUUAAUAAUGAGCCCAUCACUAAUAUCCAGUGUAAAGUUUAACACGGUUUGACAGUAAAUAAAUGUGAAUUUUUU